GGGGGAGCGCAGCGGCCGGGGCGCGAGUGAGCGAGCGAGAGAGCGCAGGCCGGGAUGGAGGACGGCGUGGCCCGGGCCCGGGCUCGGGUGGCGGCGGAGGCGGGCGAGACGCGGGCGCGGCCCGGGGUGACGCUGCGGCCCUUCGCGCCCUUCCCGAGGACGGCCGAGGCCGAGGAGGGCGGCGGCGACUGGAGCUUCAUCGACUGCGAGAUGGAGGAGGUGGACCUGCAGGACCUGCCCAGCGCCACCAUCGCCUGCCACCUGGACCCGCGCGUGUUCGUGGACGGCCUGUGCCGGGCCAAAUUUGAAUCCCUCUUUAGGACCUAUGACAAGGAUAUCACCUUCCAGUAUUUUAGGAGCUUCAGGCGCGUCCGGAUAAACUUCAGCAGCCCCUUAUCCGCAGCAGACGCCAGGCUGCAGCUGCACAAGACUGAGUUCCUGGGGAAGGAAAUGAAGUUGUAUUUCGCUCAGACUUUACACAUAGGAAGCUCACACCUGGCUCCACCCAAUCCAGACAAGCAGUUUCUCAUCUCUCCUCCUGCCUCUCCGCCAGUUGGAUGGAAACAAGUAGAAGAUGCUACUCCCGUCAUAAAUUACGAUCUUUUAUAUGCUAUCUCCAAGCUGGGGCCAGGGGAGAAGUAUGAACUGCACGCAGCCACCGACACCACUCCCAGCGUCGUGGUCCACGUGUGUGAGAGCGAUCAAGAGAAUGAGGAAGAGGAAGAGAUGGAAAGAAUGAAGAGACCCAAGCCAAAAAUUAUCCAGACGAGAAGGCCAGAGUACACACCUAUCCACUUAAGCUGAACUGGCACACAGAUGAAGAGCGUGCAUUGAAUUACACUCACCAGAGGAAUCUUUUACUGUGCAAAUGGCCGGUCACAGCUUUGGAGGUGGCAGCUGUGACCGCUGGGGGAGAGAAUCAAGGCUUUGUCUCCUUGUUCUGAUGCUGCACCGCAGCCCAGGUGUCUGUGGCACCCGGAAUGUCUUGGGCCAUUCACUGAGUUUGUGGUGAUCGCACAGGGACAUUGGGAGUGUCUUGAGAAAACUGAUACUGAUAGUGUUUUGUACUCAUUCUUUUCCGGUAGGUUCUGUGUUUGCCAAGGCCAGGUUGGUCAGCAGGACUAGAGGGAGUUUUCUGUUUCUAAGCAGGGUCCAGACCCAGCUGGUAGGCAGAGACCCCACUCCAGCAUCACCAAUGUCCAUCGCUACGGGUUGUGAAAGCAACCAGUCUAUGUGGAAAUUUGUAGCGUUUCAUUUCUUCCUUCCUGUUCUCCUAUCUGUGCAUGUAUACUAUUGAUUUUCAAGGCCACCCUCCAUUCCUGGAUGAAGUUACAUUGAUGUUUUACAUCCCUAGGGAGGCCAGGUGUGCCUGGGGAAACUAUCCCGUCCCAGGCCCCUCCCUGCCCCCCCCCCCCCCCCCCCCCCCGUGUCACAGGUCUCAUUUGUGGAAUUCUGCCUGGAAUGCAUUCACCUGGCAUCUGUCUGGUACAUGUAACUUGUGAUGGGGGGGGGAGGGGAGGG